AUGUCGUCGUCAGUCCGAGUAUCGUCAGUGCUGGCUGCAGCACUCCUGGCCUUUGCUCCUCCCACCCUCGGCAAGGACUGGGAAGGGGCGCCAUACAAAUGGCUUUUCGAGUUCCCCUUGCCGAUCCCGCCGCUCAAGACGAAGAAAUAUGAUACGUUCACGCACCCUACCACUGGCGGUGCCAUCAAGUAUUAUGAGCUCGAAGAAAAGGUCUUCUCUCAGAAUGUGUACCCGGACCGUGGCAAUGCAACUCUGAGAGGAUAUGACGGCAUGUCCCCAGGCCCGACGUUUCUCGUUGAAAAAGACGAGGAGGCCAUCGUGCGCAUAACAAACCAUGCCACCCGGGCGACAUCGACACAUCUUCACGGAUCAUACUCUCGACCCGCGUUUGACGGAUGGGCCGACGAUCUGACUCCGGUCGGGAGCUUCAAGGAUUACUACUAUCCCAACGGCCAAAACGGCCGCAUGAUGUGGUACCACGACCACGCCAUCGACCACACUGCUGAAAACGCAUACUACGGCCUUGCAGGCGCGUACAUAAUCCACGACAAGAACGAGGACAAGCUCGGGCUUCCCAGCGGAUAUGGCCAAUUCGAUGUCCCGCUUGUCCUAUCGGCAAAGCAGUACAACCAGGACGGAUCGCUCUUCUCCCCCGAGGGCGAAACGAGCAGUCUGUACGGAGACGUGAUUCAGGUCAACGGACAACCUUGGCCGUUCAUGAACGUCCAAGCACGCAAAUACCGCUUCCGUUUCCUGAACGCGGCCAUCUCACGGACCUUUUGGAUGUACUUUGAGCUUACCGACCAGGUCGGCAAGAAGAUCCCAUUCCAGAUCAUCGCAACCGACUCGGGGCUGUUGAGCGGGCCGCAAAAGACCGACAACAUGUACAUCUCGAUGGCUGAACGGUACGAGAUCGUCUUUGACUUCAAAGACUUCAAGGGCAAGACUAUCAUGCUCCGCAACGAGCGAAAAUUUGCUCCAGACACAGACUACCUGCACACCGACAAGGUCAUGGUUUUCAAGGUGGCCAAGGACAGCGUCUCGGAUCCGUCCCAGGUCCCUUCGACCCUCCGCACCAUUCCAUUCCCGCCCGCCAAGACGACGGUGGACAAGCGCUUCAAGUUUGAGCGCAAAAAUGGCCAGUGGACCAUCAACGGUGUGACUUGGGAGGAUGCCAACAACCGCGUCUUGGCCAAGCCGCAGCGAGGAUCGACCGAGGUCUGGGAGUUGGAGAACAGCAGUGGCGGCUGGUCGCACCCCAUCCAUGUCCACUUGGUGGAUUUCCAGGUCAUCAAGAGAGUCAAUGGAAAGCGAUCCUUGCAGUCGUACGAAACGGCCGGGCUCAAGGAUGUCGUCUGGCUGGGUCCGGGAGAGACGGUGACGGUGCGGGCGAUAUACGGCCCCAUGGAGGGCCUGUAUAUGUUUCACUGCCACAACCUCAUCCACGAGGACCACGCCAUGAUGGCGGCUUUCAACGUCACCCACCUAGACGAUCUCGGCUAUAACGACCCCGACUUCAUGGACCCAAUGGAGCAGCGGUGGCGGGCGAGGCCAGAGAGCCCGGAGCUGUAUACCUUGGAUGCAGUCAAGCAGAGGAUCGAGUAUAUGGCCAAGGCAGGACCGUACGUCGACAUCAAAGGGAUUGAGGACAAACUGACGAGCUAUUGGGCCAGAAAAGCAUCUUCGACCACUGCUAGUUCGAGCUCUGGUGGCAAAUCAAGUGAAAGCGGGAAAGACUCCGACGACAAGAAGAGCAAGUCGAGGCGCGACGCAAGCUUCAUGGCAAGGAGAAGAAUGCAGUAA